AUGUUUCGUGAAAGAUCAAUAACACGUAAAAAUUUAGAAGCACUUAAAAAUGAAAUUGAUUUAGAUGAACAUAAAAUUUCAAUAAAUGAAGUUUAUAGAAAAUAUGGAACAAGUCCUGCUAUGGGUCUUUCAGAAGAACGAGCAGCAGUUAUUUUUGAACGUGAUGGUCCAAAUGAUUUAACACCAGUUCGACGAACACCUGAAAUUGUUCGUUUAGCUAAAAAUAUGUUUGGUGGUUUUGCAAUGCUUCUAUGGAUUGGUGCUUUUCUUUGUUUUAUUGCUCAUUUUCUUGAACUCUACACAUCAGAGGAUCCACAAUAUGAUAAUAUGUAUUUAGGUAUAGCAUUAGCUAGUGUUAUUAUAAUAACUGGAUUUUUUUCCUAUCAUCAACAAGCAAAAAGUUCUAAAAUAAUGGAAUCAUUCAAAUAUUUGCAAGCUUGUGUUGUUCGACAUGGAAAGUCAAGAAAUAUAAAUCCAGAAAAAAUUGUUAUUGGAGUUGAAAUACAUCGUGGUAAUCGUAUUCCGGCUGAUAUUAGAAUAAUUCGUGCUCAUGGUCUUAAAGUUGAUAAUUCAUCAUUAACAGGUGAAUCGGAACCACAAACUCGAGGAAUUGAAUAUACUAAUGAUGAUAUAUUAGAAACAAGAAAUUUAGCUUUUUUUGGUACAUUUGCUGUUGAAGGUUCAUGUAUUGGAGUUGUUAUUCGUACUGGUGAUAAAACAUUUAUUGGACGAAUUGCUAAUUUAACAGCUGGUAUUGAACGUGGUAAUACUCCCAUAGCAGGUGAAAUAAAUCAUUUUAUUCGUAUAAUAACAAUAAUUGCCGUUGUUGUUGGUCUUAUUUUUUGUAUUUGUUCACUUUCUCUUGGUUAUACAUAUGUUGAAGCUGUUGUUUUUCUCAUCAGUAUAAUUGUUGCUCAAGUACCUGAAGGUCUUUUGGCAACAGUGACUGUUUGUUUAACAUUGACUGCUCAACGAAUGGCAAGAAAAAAUUGUUUGGUUAAAAAUUUGGAAGCUAUUGAAACUCUUGGUUCAACAACAGUUAUUUGUGCUGAUAAAACAGGAACAUUAACACAAAAUCAAAUGACUGUUGCACAUAUGUGGUUUGAUAAUUAUAUUACUAAUUCAGAUAUUGAUACUCUUCAUUCACAAUCAAAUAAUAUAAUAUAUUCUCAUUGUUGGAAUGCAUUAGCACGAUGUGCUAUGUUAUGUAAUACAGCUGGAUUUAUAGAAGAUUCAAAUAAUCUUUCAAAACCAAUUGUUCAACGACAAUGUGAAGGAGAUGCAAGUGAAAUAGCUAUUCUUAAAUGUAUGGAAACUAUUAUAGGUAAUGUUUCAAAUUAUCGUUCAAAAAAUCCAAAAAUAUGUGAAGUACAAUUUUCAUCAACAAAUCGUUAUCAAUUAUCAAUUCAUUCAACAAAUGAUCAAGAUGAACGAUAUUUACUUGUUAUGAAAGGAGCACCAGAAAAAAUUCUUAAAAAUUGUUCAACUAUAUAUGUUGAUGGUUGUGAAAUUGAAUUUAAUAAAUAUUGGAAAAAACGAUAUGAAGAAGCAUUUACAGAAUUAAGUAAUCAUGGUGAACGUGUUCUUGCAUUUGCUGAUUAUCGUUUACCAUUAAAUAAAUAUCCACGUGGAUAUCAAUUUGAUUGUGAUACAAUUAAUUUUCAUGUUAAUCCUUAUUUUGAACAUUUUAAUUUUCCAACAGAUGGUUUGAGAUUUUUAGGUUUAAUUUCGUUAAUUGAUCCACCACGUGUUAAUGUUGCUGAAGCUGUUAGAAAAUGUCGUUCAGCUGGAAUACGUUUAUUAAUGAUAACAGGAGAUCAUCCAUUAACAGCUACUGCUAUAGCACGUUCUACUGGUAUUAUAACAGAUUAUAGUGAAACAGAACAACUUAUAGAAAAUGUAUUUGAUAAUAAUGCUCGAUCAUGUGUUAUUCAUGGAAGUACAUUAAAAACAAUGAAUAGAAAACAAUUAGAUAAUCUUAUUAAAUAUCAUCAAGAAAUUGUUUUCGCUCGAACAAGUCCACAACAAAAAUUAAUUAUUGUUGAAACUUGUCAAAGAUUAGGUGAAAUUGUUGCUGUUACUGGUGAUGGUGUUAAUGAUUCUCCAGCAUUAAAAAAAGCUGAUAUUGGUAUUGCUAUGGGAAUAACUGGUUCAGAUGUUAGUAAACAAGCAUCGGAUAUUAUUUUACUUGAUGAUAAUUUUGCAUCAAUUAUAACUGGAAUUGAACAAGGAAGAAUUAUUUUUGAUAAUUUAAAAAAAUCAAUUUGUUAUACAUUAUCAUCAAAAAUUCCUGAAUUAACUCCUUUUCUUUUUUAUAUGAUUUUUCAAAUACCUUUACCACUUGGUACAAUUGCUAUAUUAUGUAUUGAUUUGGGUACAGAUAUGUUGCCAGCUAUAUCAUUAGCAUAUGAAAGAGCUGAAUUAGAUAUUAUGAAACGACCACCAAGAGAUGCUAAACGAGAACAUCUUGCUACUGAUAGACUUAUUUCAAUGAGUUAUGGUCAAUUGGGUAUGAUACAAGCUGGUGGUGGAUUUUUUGUUUAUACUCUUGUUAUGGCUGAAAAUGGAUUUUUUCCAUCAAGAUUAUUCGGAUUAAGAAAAUCAUGGGAUUCAAGAUCAAUCAAUGAUCUUGAAGAUUCUUAUGGACAAGAAUGGACUUAUGAACAACGAAAAGCAUUGGAGGAUACUUGUCAUACGGCUUUUUUUGUAACUGUAGUCAUUGUUCAAUGGACCGUUUUAUUAUGUUGUAAAUCUCGACGAAAUUCUCUUUUUCGACAAGGAAUGUCGUACGUUAGUUUUUUUUUAUCUUUCUACUAA